GUGUGAGUAGGAAAGUUUGUUUUGAGGUGAUAACGUUAGGCGAUCAGCUGUUACAUAUUUAAGGAGACUGAUUUUACGGAACGUCAAGAUGUCCGAAGUAGAUGAAAAAUUUGUAAUACCAUUAAAAUAUGCAGGUUCAGAACCUAGUGUUUGGACUGAGUAUAUUCAGAUGGCUAUUGAUUAUAAACCUUUGAAUCUUGGCCAGGGUUUUCCAGAUUAUCCACCUCCUAAAUAUAUAAUGGAUACUUUAGCCAAAGUUUCCAAUGAAUCUGAUUAUAUGUUACAUCAAUAUACAAGAGGAUUUGGACAUCCUAGACUGGUUAGGGUAUUGUCCAAGCUUUAUUCAAAAUUAAUUGGUAGAGAAAUUAAUGAAAAAACAGAAAUUUUAACAACUAGUGGAGCAUACGAAGCAUUGUUUUCAACCAUAUCAGGUCAUACAGAUGUUGGUGAUGAAGUAAUUAUUAUAGAACCUUUCUUCGAUUGUUAUGAAGCCAUGGUUAAAUAUGCUGGUGGUGUGCCUAGAUUUAUCCCUUUGAGAUUGAAAGCAGUGAGUGGAAGGAUACCUACAUCAGCGGAUUGGGUUUUAGAUAAGGAAGAAUUAGAAAGCUUAUUUAACAAAAAGACUAAAAUUAUUAUACUGAAUACUCCAAAUAAUCCGUUAGGAAAAGUAUAUUCUUUGGAAGAACUAACUUUUAUUGCAGAUUUAUGUAAAAAGUGGAAUGUACUAUGUAUUUCUGAUGAAGUAUAUGAAUGGUUGGUUUACAAACCUCUUAAACAUAUAAGAAUGGCAACUUUACCUGAUAUGUGGAAAAGAACUGUCACCAUUGGUUCUGCUGGGAAAACUUUUAGUGUAACUGGAUGGAAAGUUGGAUGGGCUUAUUGUCCAGAGAAUUUAAUGAGAAAUAUACAGAUGGUCCAUCAAAAUACUGUCUACACAGGUGUCACUCCAAUUCAGGAAGCUGUUGCUAUAGCAUUCGAAACAGAAAUGGAUCGCUUGGGUAAGGAAGAUUGUUUUUUUGUAUCGUUAGUCAAGGAUUUAGAAUCCAAAAGAGAUUAUAUGGCCAAUGUACUUACUGAAGUGGGAAUGAAACCUACUAUCCCUGACGGAGGAUAUUUUAUGUUGGCAGAUUGGUCAGCACUUGAAUCAAAAGUAGAUGUAAGUUCAGAAUCGGAUCAAUAUAAGGAUUAUAGAUUCACUAAAUGGAUGACGAAGAAGGUUGGUCUACAAGGAAUACCUCCAACUGUGUUUUAUAGUACGCCGAAUAAACAUUUAGCAGAAAAUUUUGUGAGGUUUUGUUUCAUAAAGAAACAUGAAACUUUGAAGCAAGCAGAGGAUAUUUUGAAACGAUGGAAAACUACUGAAAACUAAAUUAGUGUAUUUCGAUUUUUUUUAAUAAAAUUGGUAUAACGUGUUUUAUUUUCAUCAAGAAA